CAAGGCAGGUGUAGGUGCUCACAUACAGUUUUGUAUUGACGAGGGACAGCACUUGAAAGAUGAAGGUUCUGGUUGUUCUUGCCUGCGUUCUGGUUGCUGCCAGCGCUGUCAAGCUGUGCCAAAAGCAAUGUUCGGAUGAGCUUCUUAAGGUCCAGAACAUGGUCAACAGACCACUGGGACUGGAAGCACCAAAAUGUAACGAUGAUGGCACUUUCGCCGCCAAACAGGUCCGCGGAUCUAUGAGCUACUGCGUAGACGCAUGUGGCGACAUGUUGAAUUACGAUAUGAGACACAGAUGGGAAGACCAUGACUGCCAAUGUGCACGUGACUUGGAUGACUACCAACAGCUGGGAAUCGUCGGCAAGAUGUAUAACUGUGACAAAUACGGUAACUACGACAAGAUCCAGUGCUCUGGCUCAGUUUGCUUCUGCGCAGACAGAACCGGAAAGAUGCUGCAGGCCACACAGCCAGUGGGAAUCUGGGAGCAACACAAGCUCAACUGUUAACUUUUUUUAAUUGGAGUUUGAUCCGAAGACGCGAUUGACAUAAACUGUAGCCGGUCGAAAGGUGGAAAUGGUAUCAAAGACUGAAUAAAUCUAAAACAAUUUUUUUUCUGUCAAA